GGAAAAUAGUGAAAGCAGCACUGCUUUAUAGCUUAGAAUUAAUUUCAUUUUGUUGUUGAUUUUCGUUUGUUGUAGUAUUUCGUCGUUUUGUUACUUUUUUACAGUUAUGGUGACUCUGAAGUUAAAUAUUGCAAUAAUGUUAAACAUUGUUUUCGUCUCAUAUUGUGAUAGAAGAAUCAAAGGUGGUGAAGCGGUGACUGGAACUAAACGAUACGUGGCUUACUUAGUAAAAGCUCCAAUGUCAUCAAAGAAAUACGACAGUUGGGUUUGUGGAGGAGCUAUAGUAUCAACGCUCUUCAUAAUAACAUCAGCUGCAUGCGUAGAUGAUGUGGAAUACCUAUACGCGGUUGCGGGAUACAAAAAAUAUGUCACAGACCAGGACAUUGAAACUGAUCAGUGUACAAAAACAAUGAAGAAAAAAGUGAUUUACACUUGUGUUCCUAUGACUAGGUGUAGUGACAAUAUCCGCAAAGUGGCUGGUAGUGGUUGGAUGCGUAGAGCUGAAGAUCGAGCUCAGUGGCGUGCCAUUGGAGAGGCCUAUGUCCAUCAGUGGACGGCCGUUAAUGAAGAUGAUGAUGAUGUUAGUAAGGAACAUAGUAUAUCUAAAAUAAACAAUAAUAUACAUCAUACUUUAUUGAGAAAUCGCAAAAAUAAGAUAAGAGUUCAACCAGAAUACGAAUUAAACUACCAUCAGGUGGAAAAAUGGUCCUAUAUAGACAUAGCUGUAGUAAAAGUAGAAUCACCUUAUGAUUUCAACGACAGCCAGUAUGAAACUCUUUGUUCAUACAAACCAAAAGUUAUAGGAGUUAAUUAUGAGAAACGAUUUCAAGAUCCAGGUAUUGAUGGCUUAGUGUAUGGAUGGGGACAUCUAGACAUCUGGAGACAAAUUACAAACUCUAGGUCACCUGGCAAUUAUGAGUACUAUGGCAAACCUCCCCUGAAAAUGGGUCUUUGUUCAGCUGUGGCCUUUUUGACUAGUGAUGAUGACAAGAUUCAAGGAGAUACAAAAAAUUACAAUCAGGAGGCAUUGCGGUAUGCAUCUGUUAAGGUUAUAGAUAAGAGUAUAUGCAAAAUGGAGUACAGUAAGUUUCCUAAUAUGAACAACGUUAUCGAUGAAUUUAUGAUAUGUACUGAAGGGAAGGGAGAAAUAGAUGAAAACGGUAACUUGGCACUAAACGACGGAAAUGAUGAUCCAAAACUAAAUGGGUGUAAAAACCCAUUGUUGAAUUUAAACUGCGAUCAGGAAACCCUUAGCACGUUCACAGAAGAUGAAACACGUAGAGAAGUUUUGAGAUCUGCUAAUCAAACUUCUAAUGACCACAAAACGAAUGUCAAAAAUGGAACUUUAUCGAGCAGAAGAAUUAGAACACGAAGAACAACGGGAAUUUGUCAGAAUGAUCACGGAGGCCCUUUAGUUACUUGGGCGGGGGCCAAUGAAGUACUCAUCGGUGUGGCUUCUGUAUUUAAAGUGACUACUGAAUCUACAUGUACUGGACCUUAUUUAUAUACGAGUACACGAUGCAAUGGAAUGUUCCUGCAUUGUAUAUUAUCGUCGAAGACAAGGAGGAGAUCCAUAUGCGAUAGCCCACCGAUCCAAAGAGGAUACGAAACUGUAGAGAAAUUCGUGUCAUGGAAGAAUCAUCCUGCAGGGCCGGCACAGAAUGAAAUCGAAAUCGACAAUCGAGAAAAGGAUGAAGAAAAUAAGAAGAUAUACAAGGAGUUUGCGAAAUUAGAUAAGUUUUCAGAUAAUCAAAUGAUUGCCCUAAGACCACAGAUGCCUAUUAAUAAAACAUAA